AACCCUCCCCUGUCUGCCUCGCCCUCUCCUGCCUGCCUGCCUGCUCUGGGUCCAGCUUCCCUUGGCUUGCUGGCUCUGCUGCUGGGGCUCUCCUGGGUCCUUAGGGCAAAGCAGCCCUUGCUGGCAGGCAUGAAGCUGGAAUUCGCCCCGCUCCGCAUCCCUUGGGCCAGGAGAGUGCAGACUGCCGCUGUCUUCCAAUGGGUCUUCUCUUUCCUCCUGUUAGCACAGUGUUGCUGUGUAAUCUUUAUGAUCUUCAUUUUUGGAGAUUACUGGUUUAUAUCAGUGUUCUAUGCACUCUGGCUCUACCUUGAUUGGGAAACACCCCAGACUGGAGGGAGGAGAUCUCAGUGGGUCAGAAACUGGACAGUGUGGAGAUAUUUCAAGGAUUACUUUCCAAUUCAUCUAAUAAAAACCUCUGAUUUGGAUCCAAGUCAAAAUUACCUCUUUGGAUUCCAUCCCCAUGGUGUCCUUGUGGCUGGAGCCUUUGGAAACUUCUGCACAGAGCACACAGGAUUUCAGAAGUUAUUCCCUGGUCUGACUCCAUACCUCCACAUCGUGCCUUUCUGGUUUCGAUGCCCUUUUUUCAGAGAUUAUAUUAUGUGUGGUGGAGUGGUUUCAGCAUCCAAGAAGAGUGUGUCUCAUGUGCUGAGCAGUGAAAAGGGUGGAAAUGUUGCAGUGAUUGUAAUUGGAGGAGCGGAAGAGUCUUUGGAUGCCCGUCCUGGAAGUUUAACUCUUAAUAUUCUCAAAAGGAAAGGAUUCAUUAAAGUAGCCUUGAAACAUGGGGCUCAGCUGGUUCCAGUGUUUUCUUUUGGUGAAAAUGAAUUGUUCAGGCAAAUAGCCAACCCAAAAGGAUCAUGGCUCAGAACAUGGCAAGAGAAACUACAGAAGAUUGUGGGGUUUGCUAUGCCUCUGUUUCAUGGCAGAGGGAUCUUUCAGUAUAGUUUUGGCUUGAUGCCUUAUAGGAAACCUAUCCACACAGUCGUUGGAAAUCCUAUUGUUGUGAAGCAGAACCUGAAUCCCACUCUUGAAGAGAUUGACCAAUUGCAUGAGAAAUAUCUGCAGGAACUAGAGAACUUAUUCGACAAAAACAAAGAAAAGUAUGGCAUACCUGAGCACAUAUCUCUCACCUUUACAUAAGUGUAAACAGAUGGACAGUCUUACAUCCUUAGACAGCUUUAAAAAGGCUGUUAAGACGAUCUCUUCCAGCAGGCCUUCCCAGAAUAGAG